AGCGCCAGAUAUACUUGUAUCACUUCUGAAGUACUCUAAGUACAACAUGAACACCAAGGUCCUUCUCCUCAUCUGCCUCGCAGCUAUUGUUGCUGCCGACAGCCUGGAAUCCUUCGAGUCCUACGAGUCAGGUGAGGCCAAGUACGACUUCAACUGGGCUGUCAAACAUGACGACUCUGGCAACGACUUCGGCCACCAGGAGGCCCGUGACGGCGACCACACACAGGGAUCCUACUACGUGCAGCUCCCCGACGGCCGCCUGCAGACCGUCAGGUACGUCGUGGACGGCGACGACGGAUACGUGGCUGAAGUCAGCUACGAUGGCGAGGCUCGUUACCCCGAUUCGUACGAGUCAAAUGAAUCAAAAUAGAUUAUUGCACUUUAAAACCGCAUGUGAAAUGGCCCAGAGGCAAUAAUAGCCUCUUAUUUAAAGAUUCUUGUAUAUAAAUGUAGGAUUAAUAAAAUUAUAUCAAAGGUUCAAA